AUGGAUUUCCCGCCAACCACUCUCGAAGAUCUCCUCAAUCAGCUACAAAAUAAUGUUCACGACAUAAAACAAGAGGAAUUGGAUGAAGAUCAAUUGACUGAUGAAUUCAAUGUCGAGGAAUAUCUCAACGAUGAAAUCAAAGUGGAGGAUUUGUUGAAAAACGAGCUGAAAGCGGAGUAUCACUUUGAGAAAACCGUAAUGCCGACACUUGAACAAGAAGCCUCGACGAGUUCUAGUGAUUUACAGUCUCCACUUCCGUCAAAUGGAAACCAAAAACGGCGAGCCUUUGACGUCGAGUUCAAGUUGCAAGCGGUUCGAUUCGCAAAGGCUCACUCGAAAAACGCGGCGGGUCGACGAUUCGGCGUCUGUCGAGCGUUGAUUCAAAGAUGGGUGAUGCAAGAGAACGAGUUGCUCAGCAUGCAAAGUACAAAUGCGAAACGAUUAAAAGGCGGUGGACGACAUCGAAGUUUUCCGAAGCUCGACAAUGAGUUGGCCGAUUGGGUAAAAGGAGAAAUGAGAAAAGGGAAAUACGUCUCAAGAAGAAUGAUACAAAUGAAAGCUGAACACAUGUUUCAACAAGGCGGAUAUAAAGAUGCGACUUUCCAGGCAAGCAGCGGGUGGUUGGAGAAAUUUUUGGAGCGACACAACAUCAAAACGGCUUACGCUCAACCGGCAGCCCCAAAGCCACAAUUCUCAGCUUCAAAUUUAGCAAAUGAAAAUCCCACAGAGAAAUUGUUGAAGCUUUCUCAGAAAAGUCUUCCGAAAAAGGAGCCCGAUGAGAUGGAGUUUGAUGGUGAUGAUGAUAUGCCACAGUUGGAUCUCGAUAUGGGUCCUAACGAAGUCUGGAAGUACACCGACUUGGAGAAGUACACCGAAAAAGAGUCGAUUCAAUUCCUCAUCGAUCGAGGAAUAAUCCAAGACUGGGUGUGCGAUAACACCCAACCCGCCCAAAAUGAGUCGAUGACCCAAGACGAGCUCAACUUGCUUUCGACAAAUCCCACCGAGUUUUGUAACUACAUUUUGCAGAAGUUUGGUGACACUGAAAAGGUCGAUACU